AAUAAUAACAACAACAACAGCAACAGAAAAAGUCCCGUACGAAAGUCCCAGUUAUUCAAGAGGAAAAACCUGUUACACGCAAGUGGAACUCGCUUCGAUUCUGGCCAAGAACAAAUCACAGAACGAGCGAGCGAGACAGCCGAUCGAAGAGAAGCAAAAAACAGCUAGCAACAACUGAAACACAUAAUGGCGCCCAUGUAGCCCCACCGUUUAGAGCAGUUAACCAAAGAACAGGCCCCAACAGCUAGCAAAAGGACGGAAGCUAAUACCCCCAAGUGAUAUAUACAGCAGCAAAACAGUUAACACCCACACACACACACAGACAGUCGUGCAGCACGCCAGCGCCAUGGACUUUAAGGAGUAUCGGCAAAGGGGCAAGGAGAUGGUGGACUAUAUAGCUGACUAUUUGGAGAACAUACGGGAGCGUCGCGUCUUUCCGGAUGUGAGUCCGGGCUAUAUGCGCCAGCUGCUGCCGGAGUCGGCGCCCGUCGAUGGGGAGCCGUGGUCGAAGAUCUUUGGGGAUGUGGAGCGCAUUGUGAUGUCAGGUGUGACCCAUUGGCAGUCGCCGCAUAUGCACGGCUACUUUCCGGCUCUCAACUCGAUGCCCUCGCUGCUGGGCGACAUGCUGGCCGAUGCCAUCAACUGCUUGGGCUUCACCUGGGCCAGUUCGCCGGCCUGCACGGAGCUGGAGAUCGUUGUGAUGAACUGGCUGGGCAAGAUGAUUGGGCUGCCGGAUGAGUUUCUCCACCUGACCAACAACUGCAAGGGCGGCGGAGUGCUGCAGACGACGUCCAGUGAGGCGACGCUGGUCUGCCUGCUCGCCGGCCGCACUCGCGCCAUACAGCGCUUCCAUGAGCGCAAUCCUGGCUAUCAAGAUGCGGAGAUAAACGCCCGUCUGGUGGCCUACUGCUCGGAUCAGGCGCACUCGAGCGUGGAGAAGGCCGCCCUGAUUGGACUCGUGCGUAUGCGCUACAUCGAGGCUGACGAGCAGCUGGCCAUGCGGGGCAAACUGUUGCGCGAGGCCAUCGAGGACGACAUUAAGCAGGGCCUGGUCCCAUUCUGGGUCUGUGCGACGCUUGGCACCACUGGCAGCUGCAGCUUUGACAAUCUGGAUGAGGUUGGCAUUGUCUGCCGGGAAUAUAAUUUGUGGCUGCACGUGGAUGCGGCGUACGCGGGCAGCGCGUUCAUCUGUCCGGAGUUUCGCACCUGGCUGCGCGGCAUCGAGCGCGUCGAUUCGAUCGCCUUCAAUCCCUCCAAGUGGCUGAUGGUGCACUUCGAUGCGACGGCGAUGUGGGUGCGCGACAGCACCGCAGUGCAUCGCACCUUCAAUGUGGAGCCGUUGUAUCUGCAGCACGAGAACUCCGGCGUGGCCGUCGACUUUAUGCACUGGCAAAUCCCGCUGAGUCGACGCUUUCGCGCGCUCAAGGUGUGGUUUGUGCUGCGCUCGUUUGGCAUCAAGGGUCUGCAGCGUCACAUACGCGAGGGCGUGCGUCUGGCUCAGAAGUUCGAGGCGCUGGUGCUGGCCGAUCAUCGGUUCGAGCUGCCGGCCAAGCGGUACCUGGGCCUCGUUGUGUUCCGGAUACGCGGCGAGAACGAGAUCACCGAGCGGCUGCUGAAGCGCCUCAACUAUCGCGGCAAUCAGCACUGUGUGCCGUCCUCGCUGAAGGGCCAAUAUGUCAUCCGGUUCACCAUCACCUCGACACACACUACACUGGAUGACAUUGUCAAGGAUUGGAUGGAGAUCAAGCAGGUGGCCUCCCUGGUGCUCGACGAGAUGAACAUCACGAUUUCCAAUCGCGUCUAUCUCAAGGAUACCAAAGAGAAGAGCGAAGCCUUUGGCUCCAGCCUGUUGCUAUCGAAUUCGCCGCUGUCGCCGAAGGUCGUAAAUGGCUCCUUUGCGGCCAUCUUCGAUGCGGACGAGUUUCUGGCCAAGACCUAUGCGGGCAUACGCAUAGCGCAUCAGGAGUCGCCGUCGACGCGCCGUCGAGUGCGCGGCAUUCUCAUGUCGGGCAAACAGUUCUCGCUGGACUCCCACAUGGAUGUGGCUGUGGUGCGCACCACACUGGACCCGAACAAUUGCGACGAUGACGCAGCCGGGCACAGCGCCGGCCAGGCCGGACAGGUGGCCGGGCAGGCGAGCAUACGCGAGGAUGUGGACAAUGAGGAGUCCGCCGCGGAAGAAACUGAGCUGAUGGAGCUGUGCAAGCGCAGCGGGAGCAACCAAACAAGCAAUAAUCCAAUGCAGUCAAGCAGCUAUAGCUACAAUUCCAAUUCUAAUUCCAAUCACAAUCACAAUGCCACGCCCGCCAAUCACUUUCGUCCGAUUGCCCUGCAUACGCCGCAGUGCGGCCAGCCCCUGAGCUUGAUCAUGGACAGCGCCGGUCAUAUGUACCAUGGCAAGCGGUUUCUGGAGCCCGUCAGCAGCCUGAUCGACAACAGUUCCUUUACCAGCAGCAUUAAUCACCAGCCCACGCCCAUUACGACGCCCAUCACGACGCCCACGGAGGAUAACGACUGGCCGGCGAAGACGUUCAGCCAGCUGCUGCUGGAACGCUAUGCCAGCUCAUCGUCACGCUCCCCGGACGCCUCAUCCACGGACAGCAGCAGCCUCAGCCUGGCUGCCGCCGUCACGCCCACACUCAGCCGCCUCAGCAGCCUCAACGAUCUGGCCUCCCCGCUGCUCGGCUCAUUUGCAUCACAAUCGCAGCCGCUGCAGUCUGCAUUGGGCGUAUCGCGAUUCAGUGACUCGGAUGCGACCAUUUGCUCAGCUGCCUCAUCGCUGGAAUCCUUAUAAAGAUAAACAUCAACUAUAAUAUAAAUACUAUAUAAAUAUAAUCAUAGAAAAGAAUAUUCGAAAGAACAAUCCUUCACUGCUGUGCAAUCAAUAAUCGUAGUUACAAUUCGCGUCUAUAUAUACACACACACACACAUAUGUACAAGUAUCUGUAUCUGUAUCUAUAUCGGAAAGCGGAACCUAACAGUAGUCCCAUGUAUUAUAAAUGUAUUGUCAAAUGUUGCAAACUUUAAAUUCGAUACUAGCCUAUACUAACCAUAUAUACAUAUGCAUAUAAUAAUAUUCCUAUAUAACAGCA